AUGUUCCUGAUGGUCUCCUGUGGUCGUGGCCUCCAGACCGUAGGCAGUCGCCGCUCAGGCCCGCUCGGCCGGGACGUUGGAACGAGAGAACAACCUCAGCGACUUGUGCCUCCGAAUCGGCCCCUUCCCACCCGAGUCCGCGGCUCCCGGCGCCCACAGGCCGCGCUGGGCGGAGAUCCACGCCGGGCGGCCCUCGGCAAAGGGGCCCCAGGGACUCCACGAUACGGAGAGACAAGGGCCGGAGUUUCUUCUUCACGACCGGACCGGCGACUCGCCUCCACCCCCCGUUACACCGGGAAUAAGAGGCAGAGAGAGAGAGAGAGAGAGGCAUCACCGUCUACAUGGGCUAGCAGCCAGAACUUGGUGCAGUGUCCGAGCGCCAGGCAGCCGGCGACGGGCCGAGUGGCCACGGGGACUGUGUGCUGGGGGUCGCCGCUACUCGGGAGUUCUUUAACGUUUCCACUCUGCGGGGAGAAAGGUUGCGACUGUCUACCCUCUCUUGUGGCUGAGGGUCCCUCGGCUUCCCCCGGGCGCGGGCCGGCGAACAGAUACCGGGGGCCAGACCUGCCGGCGCUGCCCGAGACGGUGGGCCGGACAGAAUGUUUUGCUGCGCGUUUCUCUUCCUGUUUGUUGCGGGAACCCUGCGUCGCUGGGCCGCUGUUGAACGCUGCUCACGAUGAGGGCGAUGAGCUGUCGGUGACCACGGGCACCCGGACGACGAUACGGGCAGUUCUCGGGGGCUCGGUCACCAUCCCGUGCUUCGCCAGCUACGCCCGACGCCCGCUGUCGCCCGCCGCCCCGCGCGUCAAGUGGAGUCUGAUCCGCGACGGCAGCGAGUGGGACAUCCUGGUCGCCACCGUGCAGAAGGUCAAGGUGAGCGACGGCUACCGGCGGCGGGUGGAACUGCCCAACUACCUGGCCACGGCCACAGACGUGUCUCUCGCCAUCCACCGGCUACUCCACAACGACACCGGCAUCUACCGCUGCGGCGUCCAGCACGGCAUCGAGGACGCGCAGGACCUGGCGCGACUGCAGGUCAAAGGAGUUGUCUUCCAUUACCGGGAGGCGGUGGCCCGCUACGCCUUUAACUUCAGCCGCGCCCAGCGGGUCUGUGAAGACAUUAGCGCCCGGAUCGCCACCCCGGAGCAGCUCGACGCGGCCUAUGCUGGCGGCCUGGAGCAAUGUGACGCUGGCUGGCUCUCAGACCAAACCGUGCGCCCAGGGCUCCUGUUCAUCGGCGACUCGGACAAGCUGACCUUCCAACAAGCCGCCGACCACUGCCGACAGAGCGCGACCCGGCUGGCGACUGUGGGCGAGCUGUACGAGGCGUGGUCCGGGGGUCUGGACCACUGCACCCCGGCCUGGCUGGCAGACGGCAGCGUCCGCUACCCCAUCGUCACUCCCCGGGAGCGGUGCGGCGGUCGGCUGCCCGGAGUGAAGACUCUCUACGCCUUUCAUAACCAGACUGGCUCCAUCGACCCCUGGUCGGCUCACGGCGCCUUCUGCUUCCUAGAGACGGGGGGUUCUAACGACAGCGACGAGUUCGCGAUGGACUUGGAAUAUGAGGACGGCGACUUCCUGGAGACCGCGGAGGAUCAGUUGGAAUUCGAUCUGUACGACGGGGACGAGGGCGGGAUGUUCCCGUUCGCCACCGAGUCGUGGGACGUCGAGACCGUGACCGGGAUGGGUGACGGCGCGACCCUGGCGCCCAGCACCCCGGACGCAAAAAAGGUGCGCGGCGAAGUCAGGGACAGGCCCUUUCACCGAUGUUGGCUCCCGCGUGUUAUCUUGGAGGCUCGACACCGUUUAGAGACGGGGGGUUCUAACGACAGCGGCGAGUUCGCGAUGGACUUGGAAUAUGAGGACGGCGACUUCCUGGAGACCGCGGAGGAUCAGUUGGAAUUCGAUCUGUACGACGGGGACGAGGGCGGGAUGUUCCCGUUCGCCACCGAGUCGUGGGUGUGCCCGCCGGCAGAGGGCUCGGGUGUGGAGGAGGAAGGACUCCCGUCUCCCGGGACCGCGCGGCGCCUUGAGCCGGAGGAAGGUGCCCCGGCGUGGGGCGAAGUUGUGGGCCGGGGUCGGGGUGUGGGGGUCUGGUCUGGAUGGGUUGAGACCGGCUCGGAGCCGCUGUCCACCGACCCGGCCGUUCCACCGGCGGGACUAGAGGGAGGUUCCGGUAGCUCCCUGGGUUGCCCCGGUACUUCGGCCCAUUGUGCCGGGGAAGGGAGCGGAGCGGCCGGACCGCCGGUCACUGAGCGCCGGGGCUUGAGUAGGGGGUGGCCGGAGCUCAGUCCGACCGGCAGACCGGGAUCCCGAGAGUCUCCCCCGAAACUCGACCCCGGGAACGCGGCGGAGGGAACCGGGGACCAGCCGGUGCGGCCACCACUCACGCCCACCCUCGGGACCCUCGGGCCGUCCAGUCCGGCCACUGACCUCCACCGGACACCCGGUCCCACGUCGCCGACACAACGGGGCGCUCACGGUGGGAUCACCGGCUUGACCAGUAGCUGGCGGCUGGUCCUCGCUGUCGUGGCCGCGCUGGGCAUUAUUGUCCCGUGUAGCGAGGUGCAGUCAAAAGCUAACCGUGAGGGAGCGGACCGUAGUCUCUCCGGUCACAGCUGCCCGCGCGGGCCUGGACCAGAUGUGCUCACAGCUGCCCUGUUCAUCUGGUCCGCAGGCUCCUGUUACCCGAACCCGUGCAGGAACGGGGGAACUUGUGUGGAGAGAGAGCGGGCCCACUCCUGCCUGUGUCUCCCCUCCUACGGCGGCAGCCUCUGCCACAGAGACGUGCAAGCUUGUGACCGCGACUGGCUGAAGUUUCUCGGCAGCUGCUACAAGCACCAGAAGGGGCGGCGAACGUGGGCGGCGGAAGAAACUUGUCGGGCGGAGGGCGGUCACCUCGCCAGCAUCCUCACCCCGGAGGAAACAACGUUCAUCAACGAAAACUUCAAGGAAUAUCAGUGGAUUGGACUCAACGACAAAACCAUCGAGAAUGAUUUCCAGUGGUCGGAUGGGAACCAGCUGCUCUACGAGAACUGGUACAGCGGGCAGCCGGACAGUUUCUUCUUAUCCGGGGAGAAUUGCGUGGUGAUGAUUUGGCACAAGGGCGGUCAGUGGAGCGAUGUUCCGUGUAACUACUUCCUUGCCUUCACCUGCAAGAAGGCGCUCAGCUCCUGUGCCACCCCGCCGGUUCCCGCCAGGACGAGGAUCCUGGGCAAGGUGCGGACGCGGUACCCCCCCUCGGUGGUGAGGUACGAGUGCCGGGCCGGGUUCGUGCAGCAGCAGCGGCCCACGGUGCGUUGCCGGGGCGACGGCAGCUGGGAGAGGCCGAGGAUUAUCUGCACCACGGCCACCGGACCCCCUCGCGACCAGCGGGCGGCGGAGGAAGUCCUCUCUCCCCGGAGCCCCGGCCCGGUGUCCGAGCCCGGAGCCGGCUCCCCCUGAGCCGCUGCAUCGAUGCCACAGUCGCCUCCAUUGAAAUCGACUUGUAAUAAAAUUUGGGACUGAACGCCGUCUGAGUUCUGCACUUUAUUGGAUGUGGGGGAACCGCGCCACAAGUUCCCCUAAAUCACCAGGCAAGCUUCAUACACAAUUCCC